CACGCUCGCUGCCUAAAUCAAUUUUACAAAAACAUUCAAUAUAGGAGAAGACUCACAAAGAGCGAUAAUGGAAAAGAAACUCACAACUUGGAAUCUAAAUGAACAAUUAUACCGUCAAUAUUAUCAGACAGUGAGGCGAGUUGUAGAGACGUUAAUUAAACCAGACAGUUUGAAACAGGACUUGUUAUUUGCAUUAUUACUUGUAAUAAUGAAAGACAACGAUUUUCUGCAACUGGAGGAAAUUGGAAGAAAUGUUAUUAGUACAGAAGACUUUUUGCUGUCCAGAAAACAAAAAGACAUCGGAAUGUAUGAGUCUGUGUUAGUAUUGAAUGGAUUCCAGAAUACUCCAUUGAAAAUAAUCGCGAGUCCGUUGAACGAUGCCAUUUUAAUCAACGCCACAAUUCCGGAGUUGUAUAAAGAAACUUAUUCUAUUUGUUUGAAAGUUAGCAACUACGUACUCACUUCUGAUUUGGGGAUACCAGCCAAUUUUUAUAACUUGAACGAAUUGGUUGUUACUUUGAAAGAUAAGAUAUUGAAUCCAAUCAAAAGUGGUAUACUAAACUAUCACAGUUAUCCAAGUGCUAACCUUUCGGGUCUGCCUGAAGAUAUUGUGGACCAGAUAGCUAUGAAAUUGCACAUUAAAGAUGUGAUUGCACUUUCGAAUUCUUGUAAACGCAUGCAUAUGGUAAUAAACAAUGAACGACUAUGGUCUGAUCUAUUCAAGAGGGAUUUCCGUGAUAAACAUGAAAUUGGAGGCAGUGACUAUAUGAAUAAAUAUAAAGAGGAAUAUAUUUCGAGAAGGGAUGCUAAAUUCCAGCUCUUAAGUAAUAUCGGAUCUGAGAGUUUUCGACAAUUUGCAGAAUUGCCAGAUUAUAUGAGACAUGGUUCAGAUUCAAGAUGGGAAGUUAUUUUGUGAAUGCGUAAAUUUGAAAAUUUAUUUAUUGUUUCUCUUUAACCGUUGAAAAUAGCUUUGAAACAAUCUUUUGGUAAAUUAUUUUGAAUCAUU